UUGACAAGCUCAGUGACCAAAUUGGUAUUUGACCUUCAAUCCUCUGCCUUUUCCAAUCGUCGCGUCUCCAAGUGGAUAAAGAUAAACCUACCUUGCGAUAAACCUCUGAAAAACCUUCCGACCACCGGCGGUAGUAGUAAUGUCCACUGUCACGGCAACGGCUGCCUUGUUCGCUGCAAAACCAUUCUCCAUUUCUGCGUCGUUUCCUUCCCUCUGCAAGUUUACGAUUUCCCAUACGUUUCUCUCCUCCGCUAAAGCUUCGUUCUUUCCCCUGCAACCCCCUCGCUCUUCAUCUCCACUUCCCGGGUUAAUUACGUGCAAAUCCUCCAUAGACGAUGACCAAGAAGAAAUAGCUGAACCAGACACUGAGUUGGAUCAGGAAUUUGAUGAGUCCGACGGAGAGGAUUACGAGUUUGACGUCGAUGAGCUCGAACAGGAAGCUAAAGUUGCAGUCAGGGAGUACUCAUCGUCCUUGUCCCGUGAAUUGAUAAUCGACGAUGAGGCUGAUACCAGAAAGGAAUCUAGGAAGCAGAGGAGGAAGAAGCUCACAGUUAAAGAGAUUCCAGAUCAUCUUCUCUCAAAGGUAGCCAUUGUUGGAAGACCUAAUGUUGGGAAAUCAGCAUUGUUUAACCGCCUUGUUGGGGAGAACAAGGCUAUUGUGGUGGAUGAACCAGGAGUUACUCGUGAUCGUCUCUAUGGAAGAUCCUUUUGGGGUGAUCAUGAGUUCAUGGUGGUGGAUACCGGAGGGGUAAUCACUGUGUCGAAAUCAAAAAAUGAAGUUAUGGAGGAACUUGCUAUCACAACGACCAUUGGCAUGGAAGGGAUUCCGCUUGCCUCUAGGGAAGCUGCGGUUGCCAGGAUGCCCUCAAUGAUCGAGAGACAAGCUACUGCUGCUGUGGAGGAAUCCUCUACCAUUAUAUUCCUUGUUGAUGGACAGGCAGGCCUAACAGCAGCUGAUGUGGAGAUAGCGGAUUGGCUAAGAAAGCAUUACUCCCACAAGUUUGUGAUUCUUGCCGUCAAUAAGUGUGAAUCUCCGAAGAAAGGGAUCAUGCAAGUUUCAGACUUUUGGACAUUGGGGUUCUCACCGCUCCCUAUAUCAGCUUUAUCUGGAACUGGAACUGGGGAGCUCCUUGACCUUGUGUGUUCAGGACUAGCUAAAGCAGAGGUUAAACAUUCUAGAGUUUCCAUAAAAUCCUUCUCCAAGUGCUAAGUACUAAUGGACUACCAUUCAAGCAUUGCACCAAAACUCAUUUCCUGUCUUCGUUUACUAUAUAUGAUGAAACCAUUUUUAGGUUUCCGAAGAUCUCCAUGAAGAACUGGAAGAAGAUUACAUUCCAGCAAUUUCAAUUGUUGGCCGGCCAAAUGUUGGGAAAAGCAGCAUUCUAAAUGCAUUGGUUGGUGAGGAUAGAACUAUAGUUAGCCCCAUCAGUGGAACUACACGUGAUGCCAUUGAUACUGAAUUUACAGGACCAGAUGGCCAGAAGUUCCGACUCAUCGAUACAGCUGGAAUCAGGAAAAGGGCCGCCGUGGCUUCUUCAGGUAGCACCACAGAGGCAUUAUCAGUGAACCGAGCAUUUCGAGCCAUUCGGCGUUCUGAUGUUGUUGCUCUUGUCAUUGAGGCCAUGGCAUGCAUCACAGAGCAGGAUUUUAAAAUAGCUGAAAGAAUUGAGAAGGAAGGUAAAGGCUGCCUGAUAGUUGUCAAUAAAUGGGACACCAUACCAAACAAAAACCAGCAGUCUGCAGUGUACUACGAACAAGACGUGCGAGAGAAGCUCCGUAUACUUCAAUGGGCUCCCAUAGUUUACGCCACUGCAAUUUCUGGCCACAGCGUUGACAGGGUGAUUGUUGCGGCUAGUGAAGUCGAAAAGGAGAGGUCGAGGAGGCUAAGUACAGCCACAUUGAAUCAAGUGGUACAGGAAGCACUGGCCUUUAAGUCGCCUCCAAGGACUCGAGGUGGUAAGAGAGGUCGUAUCUAUUACUGCACUCAGGCUGCAAUCAGGCCGCCCACAUUCGUGUUCUUCGUAAACGAAGCAAACCUCUUCCCUGAGACUUAUCGAAGGUACAUGGAGAAGCAACUCCGCAAGGAUGCAGGAUUUCCAGGCACUCCAAUACGGUUACUAUGGCGCAACAGAAGGAAAAUGGGGAAAAUGGAUGGUGCUGGUGAUUCUGGUCUCUGCAUCUUUUUUCACAACAUAGUCAUGACGAGGUAUGAUGUGAAAACUCUGGGGAGUGAUUUGGAGGACAUGAGGGAUUACUUCAGAAGUGGGAAGACUAAAGAUUGGGAAUGGAGGAAUGCUCAGCUUAAAGGGUUGCUCUCAUUUCUCAAGCAAAAUGAGGCACAGAUCUUCCAGGCACUUAAGGAUGACCUGGGGAAGCCUCAAGUUGAGGCUUAUAGGGAUGAGAUUGGGACAUUAGUAAAGUCUGUGAGGUUUGCUGUGAAAGGACUUAAAGGGUGGAUGUCAAGUAAUGGGGCAAAGAUGCCCAAGGUUGCUCUACUUACUUCUGGAGAGGUGGUUCCAGAACCACUUGGACUUGUCCUCAUUAUUUCAUCUUGGAACUUCCCAUUUGGAGUGUCAUUGGAGCCAUUAAUAGGUGCAAUAGCAGCAGGGAACACAAUGGUUUUGAAGCCAUCUGAACUUGCUCCUGCAUGUGCUUCUGUUCUGGCUAAUGUACUUCCUACUUACCUUGACAAAAAAGCUGUCAGGAUCAUUCAAGGAGGACCAGAAGUUGGUGAAAAAUUACUGCAGCAAAAAUGGGACAAAAUCUUCUUUACUGGAAGUGUAAGAGUGGGCAAGCUUGUAAUGGCUGCUGCAGUGGAACAUUUAACACCAGUUGCUCUUGAGUUGGGAGGAAAGUGCCCUGCAGUUCUUGAUUCCUUGGCGCCAUGGCCAAUGAAGGUGGCCAUAAAUCGAAUACUCGUCUCCAAGUUUGGCACUUGUGGAGGUCAAGCCUGCAUAGCGGUUGACUAUGUUCUUGUGGAGAAAAGAUUAGCUUCUUCCUUGGUGGAGUUGAUGAAGGUGUUGGUCAAGGACAUGUUUGGAGAAAAACCAAGAGAGUCAAAUUCUCUUACCAGGAUUAUCAGCAAGCAACACUUCUCCAGAUUGAAGAGUCUUCUCAAUGAUCCAGAAGUCAAAGCCUCAGUUGUCCAUGGUGGCUCUAUGGACGAAGAACAUCUAUACAUCGAGCCAACCAUAAUUGUAGACCCUCCACUUAACUCCCAAAUCAUGACAGAAGAAGUCUUUGGCCCAUUGCUUCCCAUCAUUACAUUGGAGAAGAUUGAAGACAGCAUCAACUUCAUAAAUGCAAGGCCAAAGCCGCUAGCUUUAUAUGCCUUCACAAAAAACCAGUCCUUUAGUAAAAGAAUCCUUUCUGAGACAUCAUCUGGAAGUGUGGUUUUCAAUGAUGCUAACAUCCAGUAUUGUGCAGAUACCUUGCCGUUUGGAGGUGUUGGAGAGAGUGGGAUGGGGAGCUACCAUGGGAAGUACUCGUUUGACACUUUUAGCCAUUACAAGGCAAUUCUGAGGAGAAGCUACUUGACUGAUUUUUGGUACAGGUUUCCUCCAUGGAACUAUCGCAAGUUGCUGCUGUUUGAAGCCACUUACCACUUUGAUUACAUAACGCUGCUUUUGGUCAUUUUGGGCCUCAAGAGGUCCAGAUAUAGAUGCUAGCUAGCCCCAAAGCCCAUCACACUAGUACUUUAUAAUAAUCUUUUGAAAUUUCGUCCGCAAUAUUUGUAAUAUAUUAAUUACUGUUGUACCGGAGUUUAAUCUUGUUAGGUAAAAUGUGUAUCUGAUGAUUGAAGGCGUUAUAUAAAACUAGAUUUGAACCCGACCCGUUGGCCGGAUGCAUUUUAUAAAUGGUAUAAACAGCAAUAGCAAUAUGUCCGUAGUAAUAUGGACAUGUUCAGUUGG